AUGGGGCAGGACACCAAUAUGCUAAACACCCACCAGCAGUUGGUCAGGACCACAUCGGGGAGACCAGGGCAGGACACGAGGCUUCAGGCUAUGGGGACAGGCAUAGGACUACUCAAGCUUCUGUCCAGCAUCCCCCAAGUGGAGCUGGAGAGCCGGGGGAGUGGCGACAGAGUGCCAAUUCAGGGCCGGCAGCAGAGGUCGCAGAGCGUAGGGCAGACGGCAAAGAAGGACCGCAGGCCCAGGGGUCGGAACAAGAAAGGACAGGGCUCCGCUGAGGCUGAGGAUCUCUUCCCCCCUCCUCCUCGGAAACCCUCUUUCCCCUUCCAGUGGGCCUGGGAGAGCUUCACCACAGAUGGCCAGGCUCUGCUUCAGCCAAGAUCCCCUUCGGCCCCUGGCCACCAAGCCCUGCCCCGGUCCCGCGUGGCCCCCCAGCGCAAGUCCAGGCCCCAGUCCACGGCCAACCCCCCAGAGGAGCAAAACCUGGAGAGGAGGGAGCAGCUCGGGGCCUGGGGUGGCAUCCCCAUCCCUCCUGGCAAAGAGGACAGCCAAGGGCCAGAGCCACCCAGUGAGUGUGGCCUCUGGCCUCCUGGGAAGAGGUCAGGAUCAGGAUCGGAGUCUGAGGAGGCUGCUGAGCUGGAAGGGCCAAGUGCUGAGGAGGGUCUGAGCCCUGGGGAACUGCUCCAGCUCCCCAGGAGGGGGUCAAUCAUGGAGGAGGAGCAGUUCUCAGAGGCCACAGAGGAGGGUGAGGAGGAGGAGCACAGGGCCCCUCCCAGAAGGAGCAACAGUUCUCAGAAAAAGGGGCAGAAUUCUGGAGAGGAAGCCUUGGAUGAGGGGGAACUGCAGGGCCAGAGCCCGGGAAGCAGCUCCAGCCCCAACAACCUCCAAGAGCCGCAGAGGAGGAAGCUGGGCGCCAAGGAGCGGGACGGGCCCGGGGAGCGGGACGGGCCUGGGGACCUGGAGAAGCUGCACGGGCAGCUACAGCAAGACUCCUACUGUGGCCCCCCAAAACAUCCCUGCAAGGCUUUGCGGGCUGCUUUCCAGGCCUCCAACCAGAGUGGGAAAGCCCAGGCCUCGGGAGAUGAAACCUUCCCGUUUGCCAACUUCCCUAAUCGCACCUUCCAGAAACGACAUGAGGCCACCAGAAGCCUGCUGCAGGCCUGGGAGCGGCAGCAGCAGGCGGAGCGGCAGCAGGCUGAGCAGCGGCGUGCCCGGGAGCAGCGGGUGCAGAAGCAGGUGGCCCGCUGCUUGGCAGCCUACAAGCCCAAAGGGAGCCCGGGGCCCAGCGCCACACAGCGCAAGCUGGAGGAGCUAAGGCGCCAGGAGCGACAGCGCUUUGCUGAGUACCAGGCAGAGUUGCAGGGCAUCCAGCACAGGGUACAGGCCCGGCCCUUCCUGUUCCAGCAGGCUAUGCAGGCCAACGCCCGGCUUACCGUGACCCGGCGCUUCUCCCAGGUGCUGUCAGCACUGGGACUGGAUGAAGAGCAGCUGUUGGCUGAGGCAGGAAAAGGGGACACACAGGGCACCUCCAGGAAACCCAGGAGUCAUAAGUCAAUGGGGGUGAGAAUGGAGCACUCUUCUCAGAGUCCCCCAAGCACGGAACCCACCGGCAGCCAGCCUGACAGGCACUCCACCCCCAGCCUGGACCCGGCGUGCAGAUCCUGAGAGAAAAAUUAAAGGCUUUAAGGC